AUGGCAUGUAGUUCCUUUUCCACUGGAGCCACCGGAUACACAGGCGGAACCGUUCUCAACACUCUCGUGACGGCUCAUCCUGAAUACGACAUCACGGUUCUCCUCCGAAAGCCACUCGCCUCUUUCUCAGAUGCGCACCCUGGCGUGAAGGUUCUCCUGGAUGACUUUGAUAGCACCGAGAUUUUAAAGGAGGCCGCUUCGAAAGCCGACAUUGUAAUUCAUCACGGUAACUCGGACUAUGCGCCAGCUGUCAAAGCACUGAUCGCGGGUGUCAUUGAGCGUGCCCCAGCUUCAAAGCUAGCAUUUUACAUCCAUCUGGGUGGUACAGCUAUAAUUGCCGACUACAACAAUCUCGGCGAACUGGGCCCAAAGGUAUGGUCAGAUGUCGAUGACCUGGACGCUAUAUGGUCAUUCCCAGCCGUGGCUAUUCACCGAGAAACGGAACUUCUGAUUCAGGAGGCAUGGACCAAGUAUGGAGACAAUCUCAAGACGGCCAUUGUCUGCCCGCCCAACAUGCACGGCACAGGUACCGGCCCUGGUCGGGUUGACAGUUUCUAUGUGCCCUCUUUUUGGUCCGAGAGCGUGAAACUGGGGGCAGCGUUUUACGUAGGCUCGGGGUCUAACAUUUACUCUAGAGCCCACGUUGAAGACGUGACGCAGGUGUUCCUUAAGCUUGUUGAAGCCGCCGUAGAUGGUGGGCGGGGUGCUGAGUGGGGUCGCCAAAUUGCUGAAGAUUAUGUGCUGAAUAUUGGCUACCAGGGCUACUACUUUACAACAGUCGAAGAAGUCUCCCAGUACGACAUUGCCGCGGCAGUUGAAAAGAUCCUCAAGGCAAAGGGCCAACUGCCAAGCUAG